UUUUACUUGUAAUAAGCAGCAGGCAACUGUCUCUCUUUCUCCAUCUUUCCCUUGCUUUCAUUUCUCCCUCAGUGAUCACCAAUAUUUCCAUUGCUGGAAACAGAAAAGCGCCUCUUCCUCAAAAACCAUGAAAAGAAAAUUUCAUCUUUUAAAUUCUCAACUUCUGCAAACAAAAGUUCUAUAAAUACCCAAGGCCUCUUUUGAAAACGUUGGACUAUGCUAAGGAGAGAGAGCUCUGAGAGAAGAAAAUCCAAAUGCAUGUAGUAAUAAUAACACUGCUGUUUGGUUCUUUUAGCUUGUAUCCUUUGCAUCAUUUUAUCUUUGCUUUGUGAGUGUUCAGAAAGAUCUGAGUUAAAAAAAAAAAACUUAUUGGCGAGGGGCUGAGUAAAUCGUUAUCUUUCAAGUUGAGAUCUGUUGGCUGUUUUCGCUUGCUGGUGUUAUUGGUUACAAGCUUUGAGGGACUUAAAAGAUAAAUACUGUUGUUUUGUUCACACUUUAAGGAUCAAAACACCAAAAGUCUUUGUUUUUGGGAGGUGAAAUGUGGGGCUAACGUGUUGGAACAUUAACAAGAGCAGAUUACCUUUUUUUUUUUUUUGUUUUAGCAUUAAGUUCUGGUUCAAAAGAACAGCACUUGGGGUAUUUGGGUGGAGAAGAAGAUUGAUUGCAGGCGAAUGAGGCUGAAAGCGAUUGUCUUUUGUAGUAAAACCGGUUUCGGUUGAAAAAAGGAAGCAAGUCUUGUUUUCUAGUUGUUGUUAGAAGUCGUGUUUGAUGGGUAAAUUGUCAGGUUUUUUAUCAAUUGGAGCUGGUUCUUGUUAGGCGUAGUGUUUUUAACUUGUGUAGACAAAGGAGUAGAAACGAAGAUUUUUAAGUGUGGGUGUCUUUGUUUGAAGGAUUUUGGUGCUUCAUUGGUGUUGUUGAAGAAGUGAUUUUUGUGGUGGGAAUCCUCUUCUGAGUGUAUUAACUUGGGAUUUAAAGUUUUUGUUGAACUAUUCACAAAAAAGAAUGAGGCUUUCUUCAGCUGGUUUCAGUCCACAAGCUACGGAAGACGUUGCAGGAGAGAAGAGAGUUCUGAACUCUGAACUUUGGCAUGCAUGUGCGGGUCCUCUUGUAUCUCUACCUCCGGUUGGAAGUAGGGUUGUUUACUUCCCACAGGGUCAUAGCGAACAGGUAGCUGCAUCAACCAACAAGGAGGAAGUGGAUGUCCACGUACCUAACUACCCAAGCUUACCUCCAGAACUUAUAUGUCAGCUCCAUAAUGUCACCAUGCAUGCAGAUGUUGAGACAGAUGAAGUAUAUGCACAAAUGACAUUGCAACCACUGAAUCCGCAAGAACAGAAGGAGGCUUACCUUCCAGCAGAAUUGGGCACUCCCAGCAGACAGCCAACAAAUUAUUUCUGUAAAACAUUAACAGCCAGUGACACAAGCACUCAUGGAGGGUUCUCUGUUCCUCGCCGAGCUGCUGAAAAAGUGUUUCCCCCACUGGACUUCUCCCAGCAGCCUCCUGCUCAAGAGUUGAUUGCAAGGGACUUACACGAUAAUGAAUGGAAAUUUAGGCAUAUAUUUCGGGGUCAGCCCAAAAGGCAUCUCUUGACAACAGGAUGGAGCGUAUUUGUAAGUGCUAAAAGACUAGUUGCAGGUGAUUCAGUUCUUUUUAUCUGGAAUGAAAAAAAUCAAUUACUUCUUGGCAUCCGACGAGCUAAUCGACCUCAAACUGUAAUGCCUUCAUCUGUUUUAUCGAGUGAUAGCAUGCACUUAGGGCUUCUUGCUGCUGCUGCUCAUGCAGCUUCAACAAAUAGCCGCUUCACUAUAUUUUAUAACCCAAGGGCUAGUCCAUCAGAAUUUGUAAUACCUUUGACAAAAUAUAUCAAAGCUGUCUAUCAUACUCGAGUUUCUGUUGGUAUGCGCUUUAGAAUGCUGUUUGAAACAGAAGAAUCAAGUGUUCGUCGAUACAUGGGUACAAUCACUGGCAUAAGUGACUUGGAUCCUGUCCGGUGGCCAAAUUCACAUUGGCGAUCAGUCAAGGUUGGCUGGGAUGAAUCAACAGCUGGAGAAAGGCAGCCUAGAGUCUCCUUGUGGGAGAUUGAACCAUUGACAACAUUCCCUAUGUAUCCAUCACCAUUUCCAUUAAGACUUAAGCGACCAUGGCCAGCAGGAUUACCUUCUUUCCACGGCAUCAAGGAUGAUGGUCUAGGUAUGAAUUCUCCGCUUAUGUGGCUGCAAGGAGAUGCAGGUAGAGGAAUGCCAUCUCUGAAUUUUCCAGGGAUUGGAGUUACACCGUGGAUGCAGCCAAGGCUGGAUGCUGCUUCCAUGCUGGGUUUGCAGAAUGACAUGCACCAAGCUAUGGCUGCUGCUGCUCUGCAAGACAUGAGAGCAGUGGAUCCCUCCAAAUCAGCAACUACUACCCUUCUGCAAUUCCAGCAACCCCAAAAUCUAUCCUGCAGGCCUGCUGCUUUAAUGCAUUCCCAGAUGUUGCAGCAGUCUCAGCCUCAGGCUUUUCUUCAGGGUGUUGAAGACAACCAACAUCAGUCUGAGACUCAGGCUCAAACCCAACCGCCUCUUGUUCAGCAACAAUUGCAGCAGCAGAAUUCAUUUAAUAACCAUCAACACCAACAGCAGUUACAGCAUCCGCUGUCACAGCAACACCAGCAACUGGUCGAUCAUCAGCAUAUUUCUACUGGAGUGUCUGCCAUGUCACAGUAUGCUCCGGCCUCACAGUCCCGGUCGUCACCUUUCCAAGCCAUACCUUCACUAUGCCAACAACAGAGUUUUUCUGACUCAAAUGGGCACACCGUGACCAGCCCCAUUGUAUCUCCCUUGCACAGUCUUUUGGGAUCCUUUCCCCAAGAUGAACCGUCUGGUCUGCUCAACUUGCCUAGAUCCAACCCAGUAAUAACAUCUGCAGCAUGGCCAUCUAAGCGGGCUGCUGUUGAAGUUCUGUCAUCUGGAUCUCCACAAUGUGUUCUGCCCCAGGUGGAACAGUUGGGGCCCACCCAAACAAACAUUUCUCAUAAUUCUAUUUCGUUGCCACCCUUUCCUGGCAGGGAGUGCUCGAUAGACCAAGCAGCGGGUACUGAUCCACAGAGCCAUCUCUUAUUUGGUGUUAAUAUAGAGACUUCAUCUCUUCUAUUGCAAAACGGGAUGUCAAGCCUUAGGGGAGUUGGCAGCGAGAGUGACUCCACUACUAUACCUUUCUCUUCUAAUUAUGCGAGUACUGCAGGCACUGAUUUUUCAGUUAAUCCAGCAAUGACACCUUCCAGUUGCAUUGAUGAAUUGGGAUUCUUGCAGUCUCCAGAGAAUGUGGGCCAAGAAAACCCACAAACCAGAACCUUUGUUAAGGUUUAUAAAUCAGGGUCCUUCGGGAGGUCGUUGGAUAUCUCCAAAUUUAGCAGCUACAAUGAGCUGCGCAGUGAACUUGCACGCAUGUUUGGCCUUGAAGGCCAGUUGGAGGACCCUUUGAGAUCAGGCUGGCAGCUUGUAUUUGUUGAUAGGGAGAAUGACGUUCUUCUCCUUGGUGAUGAUCCUUGGCCGGAGUUUGUGAACAGUGUGUGGUGCAUCAAGAUACUUUCACCGCAAGAAGUGCAGCAAAUGGGCAAACGAGGCCUGGAGCUUCUAAACUCUGUUCCAGUUCAGAGGCUCUCGAAUGGCAGUUGUGAUGACUAUGCGAGCCAGCAGGACUCGAGAAAUUUGAGCUCUGGUAUUGCCUCUGUGGGGUCAUUGGACUACUGAAUAAUCUUUACCUGUUAAGAUGUUAUUUUUCUCCCUGUAAUGUUAGUGUGCCUCUUGCAAUCCUUAUAUGGAAAAGAGCUGCCUAACUCUAGCUGGAACUUUAUAAUAUAGCAUAUAUAUACAUAAGUUAAAUACUGUAACUAUAUGAGAUCUUCGUCUCCUUUGUUAUGGAAAUAUGUACAAUUCAUAUUUAUUAGGAUAUCAAAA